UCUUGUUCUCGCGCAGUGUUGUCAGAUCUCGCGAGAGAAACAAGCAACCAGCUCGAUUUCGUCUUCUUACUGGCAGUUUGCUGCUAUGACUCGACAUGUUCAUACCUCGACCUCCUGUACUGUAGAAUGUAGUAUGGACCAUAGGACAGGACGAAGAAGUCCCGUUAAGAAGCUGUGGAGGCCUAAGAUGCUCUACUAGUCUGCUGGAAAUCGAAGGAAGAACAAUGACAAAGCAAGAUGGCGUUUGACGGAAAAGGCCUAAACGUGGCCAUUAUUGUUUCUGUAUUUGUAUUUAGUGCAUACAUGUACGCAUAUAUGUCGUGUAGUAGAUGAAACAUUGUUAGUCAUUGUUUGUAUCCGGAUACAUUAGUCUGAGCGCACUUUAUGUGCUAGCUUAGCUUGCUAGUUAGCUUAGCUUGUUAGCUGCUAACAAAGAGACGCGGACGUUAUCAACACAUCGCUAAGUAGAGAUCAAAUGUGAGUGUAAAGUGUUGUGAUUGUGUGAAAAUGUGCGAAAGAACGAUAGCAAAGUAUGAGGAGGAACUUUGUCCAACAAAAGAGGAGAAGGAGCGACAACAUCAACUACAGGACGCUGUUUUCAAGAAACAUCAAGUUGUGUUACACAGAACAGACGUUCAGCAGCCCCCCCACAUUAAAGAGGAAGAGGAGGAAUGUUGGAUCACUCAGGAGGGAGAGUGUCUUCUAGGGCAGGAGGAGGCUGAUCUCACCAAGUUUCCACUGACUGUUGUCUCUGUGAAGAUUGAAGAGCAUGAAGACAAACCACCUGAGUCCUCACAGCUUCAUCACAGUCCAAAACAUCUUCUCCCUGAGCAACAGGAGUGUAGCUUCAGGAUGGCAGAGGAAGAGCCAUUAAAGAAGAAGACGAAGCGCCACAGACCCUCUGGCGUCUCUGUUUCCUCUUUAUCACAGACCCUACCCUUUAAAAAGGAAGAGGACGACUCACAGCGCCCCAACAUUAAGGAAGAGGAGGAGGAACACAGCAUCAGUCAGGAGGGCGAGCACCUUGAAUGGUUAGAGGAGUUCCCAGUGAUUGUGAAGAGUGAAGAUGAUGAGGUCAAAGGUGAAAGUGAGGAGAAGAGAGAGGCGGAGCCUCCAAGCAGCAGCUCAACACAACACAUGACAACAGAAGCUGAUGGAGACCACUGUGGAGGAUCACAAGCAGACAAGCUCUUAGCUCCACUAUCAGAUAGUGAGGACACAACGUCACACUCUCCUGACACUGAUGAUGAAGACUCUAAAGAAGAUAAGACAUGUCACACUGACAACGCCCACUUGAAAUGUUCCCACUGUGACAAAACGUUUAAAUAUUCCAGUCAUCUGAAAGUACACAUGAGAAUGCACACUGGAGAAAAACCUUUUCCCUGCUCAGAGUGUGGUAAAGGUUUUGCCCAAAAAAAAUGGUUGAAACAGCACAUGAAAACCCACACUGAAGAAAAGCCUCCUCCCUGCACAGUGUGCGGUAAAGGUUUCGCAAGACUAGACGUGUUGAAGCAACACAUGCGAACGCACACUGGAGAAAGCCCGUUUUCUUGUUCAGAAUGUGGUAAAGGUUUUACGUAUCGCUGCGCUCUGAACGUACACAUGAGAAUGCACACCGGAGAAAAACCUUUCACUUGCUCAGAAUGUGGUAAAUGUUUUUCACGAAGAAAUGGGCUGAAUGAACACAUGCAAACGCACACCGAAGAAAAACCCUUCUCUUGUUCAAUCUGCGGGAAAUGUUUUGCAAAAAGUCAGUGUUUGAAAAAACACACACGUUUACACACUGAAGAGAAACCUUUUACCUGUGCAUUCUGCGGUAAAGGUUUUGUAUUAGGCGAAUAUUUGAAAGUACACAUGAGAACACACACAGGUGAAAAACCAUAUUACUGUACAUUCUGCGACAAAGGCUUUGCACAAAGUCAGUAUUUCCAAGUGCACAUGAGAAAACACACCGGCGAAAAGCCAUAUUCCUGUUCAAGCUGCAACAGAAGCUUUGCUGACCGAUCAAAACUUGUAAUACACAUUAGAACGCACACUGGUGAAAACCCUUUUACAUGUUCAGUCUGCAACAAAAGCUUCCGUAACAAACCAACACUUGUAAGACACAUGAAAACACACACUGGUAAGAAAGUGAGUUGCAGUGUGUGUGGUGAAAGAUUCUCUUAUAAGUACCAGUGUAAGAAACACGAGUGUGCUGGUGAGAACAGCAGCAGCAAAUGAAACUGCAGGAUUUGAAAUAAUUUGCCAGGACUUUGUUAACUUUCACUUUCUAAAAACAUCAGCACAUAUGACGUGUGUGACAUCAUUGUUGUGUGUGUAACAAUCUUGUUAAUAUGCUUCUACCAUUAAUAUAGUAGAUAUUUUAGAUUAGUGCUUUUUAAGCCAAAUACAUGCAUGACCUUGCAGCAUUGUGUACUUUUAUUUAAAAAUGAACGGAACAAUUUGACUUUAAAGGUGAGAGUAAACAGCACAAAACAUAUGUUACAAUGUAAAUGUUUUUGUAUAUAUAGUUAUCAAUCUUCUGCAUACUUGUACAGUAGGUUUUAGAAAUGAUGAAGUGUUACAUAUUUCAUUGUCUAAUACUAAAUGAUUCCAUAAAUCGGUGUAUCUUAAAGGCCUACUGAAAGCCACUACUACCGACCACGCAGUCUGAUAGUUUAUAUAUCAAUGAUGAAAUCUUAACAUUGCAACACAUGCCAAUACGGCCAAGUUAGAUUAGUAAAGUGCAAUUUUAAAUUUCCCGCGAAAUAUCCUGCUGAAAACGUCUCGGUAUGAUGACGUGUGCGCGUGACGUCACGGAUUGUAGCGGACAUUUUGGGACAGCAUUGUGGCCAGCUAUUAAGUCGUCUGUUUUCAUCGCAAAAUUCCACAGUAUUGUGGACAUCUGUGUUGGUGAAUCUUUUGCAAUUUGUUUAAUGAACAAUGAAGACAGCAAAGAAGAAAGCUGUAGGUGGGAAGCGGCGUAUUAGCGGCCGGCUGCAGCAACACAAACACAUAGCGGCUACGUUGUAGCCGGUGUUUCAUUGUUUACAUUCCCGAAAUAUGACAGUCAAGCUUUACCAUUGGCCUGUGGAGAACUGGGACAACAGAGACUCUUACCAGGAGGACUUUGAGUUGGAUGCGCGCUACCGUGAGUACGCAGCUGCGGCUUCCAAACAUUUGAUCGCUUGCCCGUACGUGCGUGCCGCUAUGUGCAUGUCACAUACGUAACUUUGGGGAAAUAUAUGUGCUGUAUGAACUUUGCGGAGGUGAACGGUACUUUGGGCUGUGGGAUUGAGUGUGUUGUGCGGGUGUUUGAUUUGUAUUGGCGGGUUAUAUGGACGGGAGGGGGGAGGUGUUUGUUAUGCGGGAUUGAUUUAUGGCAUAUUAAAUAUAAGCCUGGUUGUGUUGUGGCUAAUAGAGUAUAUAUAUGUCUUGUGUUUAUUUACUGUUUUAGUCAUUCCCAGCUGAACAUCAGGUCCCACCCGCCUCUCACAGCAUCUUCCCUAUCUGAAUCGCUUCCACUGCCCUCUAAUUCUUCACUCUCACUUUCCUCAUCCACAAAUCUUUCAUCCUCGCUCAAAUUAAUGGGGUAAUCGUCGCUUUCUCGGUCCAAAUUGCUCCCGCUGCUGAUGGCCAUGAUUGUAAACAAUGUGCAGAUGUGAGGAGCUCCACAACCUGUGACGUCACGCUACUUCCGGUACAGGCAAGGCUUUUUUAUCAGCGACCAAAAGUUGCGAACUUUAUCGUCGAUGUUCUCUACUAAAUCCUUUCAGCAAAAAUAUGGCAAUAUCGCGAAAUGAUCAAGUAUGACACAUAGAAUGGAUCUGCUAUCCCCGUUUAAAUAAGAAAAUGUUAUUUCAGUAGGCCUUUAAUCUGUGGUACGCCAAUGAAACACUUGAUUAAAGAAGUACAAUGUUUUAUGUUCUUAUAUUAUUAAACACAGUGUUACUGUUCAAACUAUGUGAUGUACAGUAGUCAAAAAUAUUAA